AUGGACCUGUUUCUGGACAGACUCAUCACCCACACUGGUCAUGACUGGGUAGCCCAAUGCGUCACACUCUACGCAGACGAUAUACAUGUAGGCUGCAGCUUUGAAUCAGAAGGAGCCCUCCGAACGGCAGUCACCAACAUGGGACACCUUCUGGACAUUUUGGAGGACCUGUGCAUGACGAUCUCCUGCGAAAAGUCUUUUCUCUUGCUGACAGUUGCUGGGACAAACCCACGCUUGUACAUGAAACCAUACAUCAGACGUGGAUCACAUGGCACAACAUUUGAGAUCCCUCGAAGUACCGGCCAAACAACCUCAAUACCGAUGAAAUCUUCUGGAAGGUACCUAGGAGCUAUCAUGAGCUAUCGCAUGAUGGAGGAAUUGACAUGGAAACAUCGCUGCAAAUCAGCCUGGCUGGCGUUCAACCGACUGAAGAAAUGGCUCCAGAGCCGUCAGCUUUCUGUCCGAUAUAAAAUGCAUCUGUGGCAAAGCUGCGUGCACACGAUCCUCACCUAUGGGAUCUUGGAUAUGAACAGCACAGUCAAGACGUUGCAUCAAUAUCAGCAGACAGUAUACACAAUGAUUCGGAUGGUGAUAGGUGACCACUCAUACAGGACACAUCACACCCACCAGCAGGCUUUUCAGGCACACCACAUUGAACUCCCGCUGCCGAUGUUGGGACGGUUAGCCAUGAACAUGCUACGACGCCUGAACAGGCGGGAAGACACCAUUGCAUCCGAUGACAUUGUCCUCACGAUCCCAUGGACACAUUUGACCGAAACUCUUCGACUCAUUGAUGCCAUUCACGACACCAGUGCGCAGGUACCCAUAGCGGUGGACCAACAUCAGCCAGUCUCCACUCAGGCUCAACAAUGUCCAUGUUGCCCUUUUGUCACGGACUCGAUCCCCAACCUACGUAGACAUCUGACGGUCACCACCGCCCAGCCACGUCACUGGUGGCCGACCGCAAUGGACAGGGUUGACAUUGAAGAUCGGGAACCGUACAUCACCUUGUAUCCUCUGCGGCCAAGACUUCCGACGGGUCCACAGCUGCCCUGUGGCCUUGACAGUGAUGGCUGCAUGCACUGCGGCGAAAUAUUUAUGUCGCGCUCUGGCUUGCGGCGCCACAUCACGGAGGGUCGAUGCAUGUCCUUCGACCCCCUGACGAGCCCCCAGCCUCUGAAUGCAGCUGAUCGCUGGUCCUCAUUGCAUGCUGCUGGACAGUUCACAGCUCCGGUCCUUACAGCAAUACACCGCAUCAAGUUGACUCUGACAUGCCAAUUCUGCGGGACGCGAUACCAGCGCCAGGGAGACCUUGUGGCUCAUCUCCUACAGUCACACCCGGCACUCUGGAACAAUUCACAAGAAACAUUGAGAUUUCUUUUGCAGACGGUCAUUGCUCACACUGGAUGCCUUUGCAACCCACAGGUACACCAGACAAAUCGCACCCACGUGUGCACAGUGGUGCGUCAACUUGCCAUGGCCUUUCACCAAAGUGAACUGGAGGUAUUGGUACCCACGGUGUACAGUCCUCAGCUCCUGGAUGCAAUGUUGGUCAAUCUUGGCAACACUGAACAAAUCCAACGCCUGAGAGUCUUGCUACAUGACCGCCAAUUCUCAAGCUUGUGGCAGGACCUGGAUGUGCUGAUUCUACUCAGAUCGCGCUCGUGCUGUUGCCAAUCCAUGGACUACGGGGCGUGGGACUCCCACGACCAAGCGCUGAUGGACAGCCUGCAAGCGCUGGCACCAAUGUUCCUGGGCACACGCAAACAGGAGCUCGCAAACGACGACAGGACAACCAAACGCCACAAGGGGCCCAAACAAGAGGAGCACGGAGAUCAACGACAAGUACAGGUGUUGACACAGGUCGUCACGAAGAUGGCACAACUGCUCUUGAACCACGAGCGCAGCCUUCAGACCUUGCAUCAUCAGGACUCCUACGUUAUCUUUGCCCGCACCCAUCCAAUCGGAAUGAUGCCCAUCAUGGCCACACUGGCCCAGGAAUGGAAGACGAAAGCGCCACAGAACCAGGAGAACCCCCAAUGGUUGACGUUACGCAGCCAUCUCCUCCGAGGUCUCCUUCAAGAAUUGCUGACCAGAGUGGUGCAACUACAAGAGAGCCAGCCAGGACAGCAACUAUGGGACACCGCGGUGGCGAAGCAGACCAUCUUGCAGGACGGGUCAUGGGUUUACAUGAAGUGGUCGCCAUCGGACCAACAACUCAUUCCCACCAAGCGGACACCCAUCCCGAUGGGUCAAAUGGUGAAGCUCCUGAAAGUCCUGAUCGCAGCACUCCAGGACAACAUGCACGUCCUACGUUUUCAGAGCCUCAGGACGCAACAAGAAGUCACCUUGCGGGACUCCGAACUGUGGGCCACAUUCAACGAGCUGACGGGGAACUCAGUGUGGGGCCUCAUGGCCAUGUCGUUGAAGAGGCACCAACAGGUGUACUCCAAGCCAGCUCAGCAGCUGGCCGACCUCCUGGGCAAGGGCAAAGGACGCGGCAAGGGGAAACAGGUGCUGACAAUGCUAGCGCUCCAGAACCCAGGAUCACUAUGCUACGCCAAUAGUGCGACACUGUGCUAUUGGUGGUCCUGCCUGUCCAGGGUCAAUUUCCAAUAUCAAGAUUGGGGCUCUCAGUCAGCAACCUUUUUGAAUUUACUGCAGCGUGACAACAAUAUCAUGAUCUCCUUGGAUGAAUAUGAAUGGUUCAACCAACUCAUUGCUUCCUGGCAAGAUCCUGAUUCUCAAGCAGAUAGUGCAGAAUUCACACAUCGGUUGCUGACCUGGGUGGGGACACCCAUUGUAUCAAAUCGAUGGGAACGCAGAGUUCACACCAGUGAAAGAACAGAGCUACAUGAUAGCGGCGACACAUACAUGCCCAUCACACUGCAAUUGGACAUGGACAUGAUCGCAGACAAUGAAGUCAGCUUGGAAUCACUGGUGAGGCUGUGGCAUGGAGAACUUGGCAUGAGUGCGGGCCUUACUGACCCUUCUGAUCUAGUUGUGUUGCACAUUGACCGACUGUUUCACAACGAUACUGGCCGCUUGCAAAAGCUCCAUACAGUGAUCCGUUUCUGCUGGUUGGUACAGAUCCCCAUCCUCCAACAUGACAUGCCAGUGCGUUGGGAACCGUACCAACUAGUAGCUGCCUUUGCACACAUUGGAGAAGCCCAAGGUGGCCACUAUCAGGCUCUGCUCAAGACUUUCCCGGAGACCACUGACUUGGCAAACCCAACGAUGUGGCUAUUCUGUGAUGAUGGAAGGGAACCCCAACCACGUUGGACCAUCCCACCGCAGUUUGAGGAGGGAGUCACCUGUUUCUGGCUCUGCAGAUGCAAUCAAGUUGAACUGCACCGCUUGCCCAGUCAGGUUCCAGUCCGACAGACAACCACAGAUGAGGCACUGAUUGCCCUGCUGGCAGACCCGCAAACUAGCAGGAAUGGCCAGCUUGUCAUCAAUCUACAUGCACCCAGCUGCCCAAGCUGGCUUAUCCCCGGACCCCUUUUCACGCCCUUGGGAAACCCCCGAGAGUUACCCCAGAGAUCAGGACCCGAGAAGAUGUCCAAAAAAAAAAAGAGGGCACUACAGAAUGGCCCACACGCUGUUGCUUCAUCCCAUCUAAUAUCAUCCGUUUCACCUUGA